AUGUCGCCAGAAAGCAGGACAUGGCGCUCCUUCAUUCCCGUUCUUCUUCAUGCCUCCGAGCAGCCAGUCAGUCAGUCCAACGACCUUUGCACCCACGCCAUUCUCCCAGUUUCCGCCUUCUUGUACGUGUUCUAUCGUAUGCUUGGCCACCCUGCCCUCCUCGUCAAAUUCGAAGAUGAAGAGGCCUGUAAACUCUUUGCUGUCGUCUUCGCCCUUUCCGCCACCGAGCCAAUAGGUAAUCUUAUCCACGCUAUCCUUAGGUCCAAUUCCUUUGUAGAAUGCUCCUAUUCCUUUUCCACGGGUCUUACCGAUGGUUCGCCAUCGCACGAUGAGUUGCUCAGGACAAGUCGAUGA